AACCCGGAAGUGAGCGCUGCCGCGGCGAAGCUCGGAAAAACGGAGGCGCCGCGGGCUCCGCGCCCGGCCGGACCCGGGUCCGAGUGACUCAUUUGAAAUGUGAUCUCAAAAGGAAAUCCUGCAACUCAAAGCUGGGUGAAGUGCGGGCCCCUCCCCAAGAGCACCUUGCGAGCACCCCUGCCGCACGUGCCGUGGGGCUCACGUCUCAACAAACAUAUGCUGUGGCCUGGCCUCCUUCAUGCCUGGGAAGUGCAGCCUCUGAAGCUUGGGAGCUGGUCAUGAUGCCGCCACCGCGGAGCAAGAAGCCCAGAUAGCUGCCCCUGCAGCCUGGCUCCUGGAGCCCCCUGAUGCUGGCAGUGGGGCCCGCCAUGGACGGGGAGCUCCCUCCGCACGAGGCCCCGCCAGCUGGCAGCGUCCUAUAUAGCCCGCCGCCGCUGCAGACCCCACUGUGUGGGCCCAGCGUCCAGGACACCAUGCUGCACUACCCCUGGUGGAACAGCUUCUCACCCACGACAUACCCAGCCUUCUCCAGCGAAAGCCACCAGUUCAUGAAUUCCUCCUUCAUCAUGGGCCAGCCCUGCACGGACCCCAGCUAUGGCCCCGCGGCCACCGCCCCCAGCUUCCCACCAAAGAGCAGUGAUUUUCCUCAGCCUGUCUUCCAGGACUCCUCAUACCUCGAUGACCUCUCCAACGCUUCCAUCUUCUCCUCGUCCGUGGACUCCCUCUCAGACAUAGCUGACACGCCCGACUUCCCACCCGCUGACAGCCUCAGCCAGGUGCCUACCAUCUGGGACGUGAGCACUGGCCCCUCCGCCCACGACAAGCUGUUCCCGCCCAGUGGGCCAUUUACAGGCCUCGAGGACCCUGUGUCCUCCCUCCCCAGCACCCCACUUCUCAUCAGCUACCAGGCUCAGAGUCAGCCUGAGGAGGACGACGAGGCUGAGGAGGAUGAGGCGGAGGAGCUGGGCCAUGCAGAGACGUACGCUGACUAUGUGCCAUCCAAGUCCAAGAUCGGGAGGCAGCACCCGGACCGUGUGGUGGAGACCAGCACGCUGUCCAGCGUCCCACCGCCAGACAUCACCUACACCCUCGCCCUACCCUCCUCAGACAGCGGGGCCCUAUCUGCCCUGCAGCUGGAGGCCAUCACCUACGCCUGUCAGCAACAUGAGGUCCUGCUCCCCAGCGGGCAGCGCGCGGGCUUCCUCAUCGGCGAUGGCGCGGGUGUGGGUAAGGGCCGCACGGUGGCCGGCAUCAUCCUGGAGAACUAUCUGCGAGGCAGGAAGAAGGCCUUGUGGUUCAGCGUCUCCAAUGAUCUCAAGUACGACGCGGAGCGCGACCUCCGGGACAUCGCCGCCCCCGGCAUCGCGGUGCACGCACUGAGCAAGAUCAAGUACGGCGACAACACUACCUCAGAGGGCGUUCUCUUCGCCACCUACUCCGCCCUGAUUGGUGAGAGCCAGGCGGGUGGGCAGCACCGCACGCGCAUCCGGCAGAUCCUGGAGUGGUGCGGGGAGGCCUUCGACGGCGUGAUUGUGUUCGACGAGUGCCACAAAGCCAAGAACGCAAGCUCCACCAAGAUGGGCAAGGCUGUGCUAGACCUGCAGAACAAACUGCCCCUGGCCAGGGUGGUCUAUGCCAGCGCCACAGGUGCUUCUGAGCCCCGGAACAUGAUCUACAUGAGCCGCCUGGGCAUCUGGGGUGAGGGCACGCCCUUCCGGACCUUCGAGGAAUUUCUGCAUGCCAUCGAGAAGAGGGGUGUGGGUGCCAUGGAGAUUGUGGCCAUGGACAUGAAGGUCAGUGGCAUGUACAUCGCUCGCCAACUCAGCUUCUCUGGUGUCACCUUCCGCAUUGAGGAGAUCCCGCUGACCCCAGCCUUCGAGCGCAUCUAUAACCGGGCAGCCUUGCUGUGGGCCGAGGCCCUGGGCGUGUUCCAGCAGGCAGCCGAUUGGAUUGGCCUGGAGUCGCGCAAGUCCCUGUGGGGCCAGUUCUGGUCAGCCCAUCAGCGCUUCUUCAAGUACCUGUGUGUGGCCGCCAAGGUGCACCGGCUGGUGGAGCUGGCCCAGGAGGAGCUGGCGCAGGACAAGUGUGUGGUCAUCGGGCUGCAGUCCACAGGUGAGGCACGGACCCGAGAGGUGCUGGGCGAGAAGGAGGGACAGCUUGAUGGCUUCGUGUCCGCUGCCGAAGGCGUCUUUCUGUCGCUAAUUCAGAAGCACUUUCCUUCGACCAAGAGAAGGCGAGAGAGAGGAGCAGGCAGUAAGAGAAAGCGGCGGCCACGGGGCCGUGGGGCCAAGGCACCCAGACUGGCGUGUGAGGUGGCAGGUGUGAUCCGCAUCAGUGACGACAGCAGCACGGAGUCAGAUGGCGGCCUGGACAGUGACUUCCACUCCUCGCCCGAGUCCCUGUUGGACGACGAUGUGGUCAUCGUGGACGCCAUCGGGCUCCCGGCCGAUGACCGCGGCCCCUUGUGCCUCCCACAGCGGGACCUGCACGGCCCCGGUGUCCUGGAGCGGGUUGAGCGGCUGAAGCAGGACUUGCUGGCCAAGGUGCAGGCGCUGGGCCGGGAGCUGCCAGUCAACACCCUGGACGAGCUCAUCGACCAGCUGGGGGGCCCAGAGUGUGUGGCUGAGAUGACCGGCAGGAAGGGCCGCGUGGUGUCCAGACCUGAUGGGACAGUGGCGUUCGAGUCACGAGCGGAGCAGGGUCUCUCCAUUGAUCACGUGAACCUCAGGGAGAAGGAACGCUUCAUGAGUGGGGAGAAGCUUGUGGCCAUCAUCUCAGAGGCCUCCAGCUCCGGCGUCUCCCUCCAAGCUGACCGCCGGGUCCAGAACCAGCGGCGCCGGGUGCACAUGACGCUGGAGCUGCCCUGGAGCGCUGACCGAGCCAUCCAGCAGUUUGGCCGGACCCACCGCUCCAACCAGGUCUCUGCGCCGGAGUACAUCUUCCUCAUUUCAGAGCUGGCGGGGGAGCGCAGGUUUGCUUCCAUCGUGGCCAAGCGGCUGGAGAGCCUGGGGGCUCUGACCCAUGGGGACCGCCGUGCCACUGAGUCCCGGGACCUGAGCAAGUACAAUUUUGAGAACAAGUACGGUGCCCGGGCGCUCAGCUGUGUCCUCACCACCAUCCUAAGCCAGACGGAGAGCAAGGUGCCACUGCCCCAGGGCUACCCCGGAGGGGAUGCCGCCUUCUUCCGCGACAUGAAGCAGGGGCUGCUGUCAGUGGGCAUUGGAGGGCGCGAGUCUCGGUCCGGCUGCCUGGACGUGGAGAAGGACUGCUCCAUCAGCAAGUUCCUGAACCGCAUCCUGGGGUUGGAGGUGCACAAGCAGAAUGCGCUUUUCCAGUACUUCUCCGACACGUUUGACCACCUUAUUGCCGCCGACAAGAGGGAGGGCAAAUACGACAUGGGCAUCCUGGACCUGGCCCCUGGCAUUGAUGAGAUCUACGAGGAGAGCCAGCAGGUGUUCCUGGCGCCUGGGCACCCGCAGGACGGACAGGUGGUCUUCUACAAGAUCAGUGUGGACCGUGGCCUGAAGUGGGAAGAGGCCUACGCCCGGUCACUGGAGCUGACGGGCACCCACGACGGCUUCUACCUCUCCUACAAGGUCCGCGGCAACAAGCCCAGCUGCCUGCUGGCCCAGCAGAACCGCGGCAAGCUCUUCACCGUGUACAAGCCCAACAUAGGACGGCAGAGCCAGCUAGAGUCCUUGGAUAGCCUGAGCCGGAGAUUCCACCGGGUGACAGCAGAGGAGGCCAGGGAGCCCUGGGAAAGCAGCUACACCUUCUCGUUGACGCACUGCAGCCACACCACAUGGAACCGGCACUGCCGGCUGGUGCAGGAAGGCAAGGACUGCACGCAGGGCCUGCGGCUGCGCCACCACUACAUGCUGUGCGGGGCCUUGCUGCGGGUGUGGGGCCGCAUCGCCGCCGUCAUGGCCGACGUCACCAGCAGCAGCUACCUGCAGAUCGUGCGCCUCAAGACCAAGGACAAGAAGAAACAAGUCGGCAUCAAGAUCCCAGAGGUCUGCGUGCGCCGCGUCCUGCAGGAGCUGCAGCUGAUGGAUGACGACGUGAAGCGCAAGCAAGCACGCACUCGGGGUCUCCUCGCGCCGCCGCCCACCCCCCGCCCGCUUGCUCUGCCCUUCGGCCCCGGGGAGGUCCUGGACCUCACAUAUAGCCCACCGGCCCAGGCCUUCCCCGCGCCCUCACCCUUCACCUUCCCAGCCCUGGGCCCCGGCCCCGGCAGCCAGCUGCUGGGCGCCCCUGACACCCCCGACACCCCGGCUGACCCAGUGGCACUCCUGCACCAGGGCUGCGAAAUCAACUUCAAGGAGGUGCUGGAGGACAUGCUGCGCUCCCUCAACGCCGCGCCGCCAGCCGAGCCACCCGGCCCUCUGGGCCCUCUGGGUGCAGGGGCAGCGGGCGCACCGGCAGGUGGAGCACCAGAGCGGCAGAGCGUCAUCCAGUUCAGCCCCCCCUUUCCCAACUCCUAGGUCCAGGCAUCCUUCCUGAACGAAACUUAUUUAUCCGUAAUAGGCUCCCGUCUACACGGGCAAGAGGGUGGCUAGCUGAGCAGGGCCAGGACCCCAGCCGACUACUGAGCGGAGCAGGGCCAGGGGCCCUUCGUCCAGCCUCCCGAGGCCUCUAUUGCAGUGCCUUCCCGCCCGGUGCCUGGGCAGGCCCCGAAAAUGCUGUCCGCCCUGGGGGGCCCUCCGAGGCCUUGCCUGGUGGGCAGUGGCCUAGUGCAGCCCCCACUCAGGAUACUUGGGGCCCGGGCAGGGCCUGGGGUGGUGGCCCUUCUCUGUGCCUCUAUCCUCUACUGCACCCCCUCCAGGCCUGGGUUGGGGCUCCAGGGCUCCCACCCCACCCACCUUACAAGGCCCGGUCAAGCCUAUACCCCUGACAUCCACAAAACUGGGUGGCCCCAGGAGCUGGAAACUCAGGAAAACCCCAGGUGCUCAGGGCCCCACCACCUCUGGGGGGCUCCAAGGGGCAGAUCCCCUCUUAAUAUAUGCAACCCCUCCCUGCUCUCUGUGCCCUAAAUUAUUGUCCAGCCACCUCUCUCAGGGGCCUGGAAUCCCUGCAGAGCUGGUGGCUGGCCCC